CCCCUGCCCACCCCGGCAAGCUUAAGCUCCAAUUAAAGUUCACCGACCAACACGGUUAGUUGCAUGGUAACCUUCGAAGUACCCCAAUGUACAUACGUCGUAAAGACCCGGUACCUGGCAAGGUUGCGAACAGCGAAUAAUUAGUUACCUCAUUCAUACUUCUACAUAAUCGACUUUAAUUGAAGCUUGCGGGACGAUCAAGGCCGGAUAGGAAUUAGGUCAUCAUCAAACUGGUUGAGAGAGUACACCUAUAUAAUAACGAGCUUAACCUGUCUACGAUCUAGUGCCUCACGAUGGCACCUCGAAUCGAGGCUCAGGAGAUCGAAACGUACUGGAACAUCUUCACAACGCGGACCAAUGGCGGCAAAUACCUAACGGGCGAACAAGCUGCGCCAUUGCUAAAGAACAGUGGAUUGAGAGACGACCAGCUCGAGCGUGUGUGGGAUGUAGCCGACGUCGACAAUGACGGGAAUCUAGACUUCGAGGAGUUCUGCGUUGCUAUGCGCAUCAUCUUCGACAUAGUGAAUGGGGAAUACAACGAUGUGCCCGCGACGCUGCCGGACUGGCUGGUCCCCGAAUCCAAAGCCCAUCUUGUCCAAGCCAACCGCGCCCUCACCGGCAAGCAAGUACAGUUCGAGCAGGUCGAUGAUGACUCGGAUACGCCAGGACUCAAGGACGGCUUCGACUGGUACAUGAACCCCCAGGACAAAUCCAAAUACGAGUCCAUAUAUCAAGAAAACCGAGACAUGCGAGGAGAGAUAGCUUUCACCUCCCUAGAAGACCUCUACGAAUCCCUCGACGUACCUGACACCGACGUCCGCUCAGCAUGGAACCUAAUCAACCCAUCCGCCAGCAGCACAGUAAACAAAGACGCCUGUCUAGCCUUCCUCCACAUCCUCAACAACCGACACGAAGGAUUCCGGAUCCCACGAACAGUCCCAGCGUCUCUCCGCUCGUCCUUCGAGCGCAACCAAAUCGACUACCAAGUCGACAGCGCCCGCAACAACCCAGCAGCGUCACGGUGGGCCGCCAAGGCCGACGACAACACCAGCACGGGCCGCAAGGCCAAGUUCGGCGACCAGUACCUCACGCGCCUCGGGCGCGGGGCCUUCAAAGCGACCGGCACGGACUUCGGCGCGGCCCAGAGCGACGAGCAGUGGGAGGAAGUGCGGCUGAAGAAGCAGCUGCAAGAGCUCGAGGACCGCAUGGCGAAGGUCGAAGCGGAAGCCACACGUCGGAGCGGCGGGGGGAAACGGGACUCGAAACCGGCGCUUGUGAAGAGGGAGCUGGAGCAGUUGCUUGAUUACAAGAGGAGGGAGCUGCGGGAGCUGGAGGAGGGGACUGGGAAGGGGAAGACGGGGGCGGGGUUACGGGGUGUCGCGGAUGAUUUGGCGACGGUGAAGGAGCAGGUCGAGGGCUUGGAGACGCAUCUUGCGGGCCGGAUGCAGGUUUUGGAUCAGUUGAGACGGGAGAUUGAUGAUGAGAAGACGGGGAGAUAGGGUGGGUGGUGGAAGAUCGCGAUUAUGGGGAUGGGUGUCCGUCUAUCUCUCUACGUAAGAGAUGGGGAAACGGAUAGCGAGCUACUUUACUUAGUCUGUAAUGCAAGUGUACAAGUUCUGGAUAUGGCUCCGUUACGGGUCGAUAGAAUUGAUUCGGGAUGGGUAUUAGGUAUAACUACAAAU